AUGGCAGCGGACACAGGCACAGGCACAAGAACACCUCCCAAAGCUCCAGCUCGGGUCAUCGUGGUUGGAUCCGGACUCGCGGGUCUCUCUGCCUCCUCGGAGCUCGUGUCGAGGAAUAUUCCGGUCCACAUUGUCGAACGACAGCAGAAGCCGGGAGGCAAUUCAAUCAAGGCCUCCAGCGGGAUCAAUGGCGCACCGACCCGCUAUCAACCGCCCGGGUCGGAUUCCGCGGCAUCGUUCUACGAAGACACCUUGAGGUCCGUCAGUGCGGAAGUCAUGGCGACGAUGACGGCACGCAGGCAGAGUCUGAUAUCUACGCUGACCAAUUCUUCCGCCUCGGCCAUCAAUUGGCUCGUCGACGAAAAGGGGAUUGAUUUGUCUCGUGUGGCCCAGCUGGGCGGCCACAGCCAUGCACGAACACAUCGGGGUGCAGGAACUACUCCGCCGGGCGCGAGUAUUGUUUUGACUCUCCUCAAGCAGCUCAAAGAGAAUCCGCUGGUCAAGCUGGAAACGGGAACAACAGUUACGAAAGUCCUCAAGUCCGAUAAUAACGAAGUUGUCGGGGUCGAAGUCCAACGGAACGGAAGCAGCAGCGAAGCUGGAGGUGAAGCUGAAGCUGAAGUUGGGGUCGAAACUGAAGUUGAAGUCCUAAAAGGUCCCGUCGUCUUCACAUCUGGUGGAUUCGCCGGCGACUCGAAAGGAAUCCUCGCCCACUACCGACCAGAUCUGGCAGGGUAUCCUUCCACCAACGAAGCAUUGCCAGGCAGCCAGGGUCUGUUGACAGAGAUCGGAGCUCAGCUGCUCGACAUGGACCUCGUGCAGAUCCAUCCUACGGGAUUCAUCGACCCGAAGGAACCGUAUAAAGCCACGAAAUUCCUCGCCGCAGAAAUGCUGAGAGGAGAAGGCGGGAUUUUGUUAAGACACGGGUCGAGAUUCAUUGACGAACUCCAGACGCGGAAAGUCGUCACGGGAGCAAUCACCUCAGCAGCAGCUGGUCCAGUUGACAUGAACGAGUCUAUGAGCGAGUCUAUGCACGAUUCCGAAUCCGAGUCCAAGUCCGUGCCUGUCAAGCAGUGGCACACUUUACUACUGCUGGACGAAGGGGCCUAUGAGGCAGCCAAGGCCCAUGUCGACUUCUAUCUCUGGAAAGGACUGAUGCGCAAAACGACCGUGGGAGAACUCAACCAUGCCGACACGACGCUGGAAUCGAUCAAGACGUAUUCGGCAGUCGUGCAGGGCAAGGCGGUCGAUCCUCUGGGACGCACCACGUUCGGUCGGUGGAAGCUGUCUGAUCCUACUUUGGAUUCCGUUGUCUACGUCGGCACCGUCACACCCGUGGUCCAUUACACCAUGGGCGGCGUGGUGUUUACUCCCAACGCGGAGGUUCUGGAUGCCACGACGGGAAUGCCUAUCCGGGGACUCUGGGCGGCGGGCGAGAUUACGGGUGGUAUCCAUGGCGCUAAUCGGCUCGGUGGGAGCAGUUUGCUGGAAUGUGUUGUUUUUGGCCGGAUUGCUGGACAGAAUGCCGCUGCUUAUGUUGAGGGGAAGAGUCAAUAA